AUGACGUCGAUUGGUAUAUCUACGGCUUGGGACAGACAACCGUCUUCUGAGCGUAAUUUGUAUGCUUGUGUUGCUGGCCAUGCCCAAGGGCCUGAGCACAGAAGCCUCGAGCACGUCGUAUCCUGGGGAGUCUGCACCGAAUGCAAUGCCAUGGAUCCUCCCACAUCCAGCAUGAACUCGGCCUCCUACCAGGGAAUCUCUGUCUUUUGCGACCGCGCGCGGACUCUCCAGCCCUCACCCAGCGGGAAGGAUAAGAGUAAUUUCUCCCCCAAAGCGGAGACUUGCACGGUGCGCAGCUUCUAA